GUCAAGUGGCGUUAUAUGUGCAUUGAACCAAAGGACCGUCUCUCCGAUGAAAAGCGUUUAUACAAACUGAUUUUCCACAAGAAGCACAGAGGUUAUGUGAUAGACUCCUACUUGGCCAAUGUGUAUGCUCAGGCUAAAGAAAUCAAGAAAGGGGAAAAGGUCCUCAAGAUUUACACUCGUAGUCAGCAGGGGUGUAGCCGCUCACAGGGCUACUUGGGCUAUAGCUGGGAAUCGACAAUAUUUGAGCAUCCUUCAACUUUUGCCACAUUAGCCAUGGAACCUGCGGAAAAGAAAAGGAUUAUGGACGAUUUGGACUUGUUUGUGCAGAGGGGGGAGUUCUAUAAGAAGGUUGGGAAGGCGUGGAAAAGAGGCUACUUGUUAUAUAGUCCACCUGGUACUGGCAAAUCCAGCUUGAUUGCGGCCAUGGCUAAUUACGUCCACUACAAUGUAUAUGAUUUGGAGCUUACAAGCAUCUCUGACAAUGCUGAAUUGAGAAAAGCUUUGUUGUCUACCUCCAAUCGUUCUGUUUUAGUGAUCGAGGACAUUGAUUAUUGCUCGUUGGAAAUACAGAACCGCGAGAAAGAGGAGGAGGAAUCACCAGAAGGGGAAGAUUCUUCUUCCUCUAAGAAGAAGUACAAGCAACAACACAAGGUGACGCUUUCGGGGUUGCUCAACAUGAUUGAUGGUCUGUGGUCAAGCUGUGGUGAUCAAAGACUCAUUGUAUUCACCACCAACUACAAGGACAAGCUAGACCCUGCAUUGUUGCGUCCGGGGCGAAUGGACGUGCAUAUCAACAUGUCGUAUUGCACUCCGAGUGGGUUCAGGAUCUUGGCUUCUAACUACCUCGACAUUCAGGAGAGCAACCCUCAUUUUCUCUGCGGAGAAAUUGAAGGGUUGAUAGAGAGCAUGGAGGUGCCUAAAAUUGCACCAAAGAGGCAAAGAGCUAGUAACACAAUGUCGACCUUGUUCUCAACUGCUGCCUCCUUUGCUGCAACACUGAUGUUGGGCCGUUCCAUGGUGGAGCAAGUCUUCAACAACUCAUACCUCCAGGCUCUCUGGGCUUGGUUCCGGUCUGAUCUGACUUUUGUUGUCCCGGAGUACACCGAAGUAGGAGAACGUAAUCAGAUAUACGACUCCGUGGAGCCCUACCUCCGAGCAAAAAUAGGCACCAAUUCGAAACGUGUCAGAGUCAGCAAAACCACUAGGCAAAAGACCACCAGCUUUACCCUUGACGACUAUCAAGAAGUCACAGACACAUUCGAAAACUUCAGUAUUAAGUGGCGUUAUGUGUGCAUUGAACCAAAGGAUCAUCACUUUGAAGAAAAACGUUACUAUGAACUAAAUUUCCACAAGAAGCACAGAGCCAAAAUGAGCUCCUACUUGGACUAUGUCGUUGCUCAAGCUAAAGAGAUCAAAAAUGCAGAAAAGGUUCUCAGGAUUUAUUCUCGUUGCACUUCAGGUUCCUACAAAUACUGGGAAUCAACAAUAUUAGAGCAUCCUUGUACUUUUGAGACACUGGCCAUGGAUCCAACGGAGAAGAAAAUGAUCGUGGACGAUUUGGAUAGGUUUGUGCGGAGGAAAGAGUUCUAUAAGAAGGUUGGGAAGGCGUGGAAAAGAGGCUACUUGUUAUAUGGUCCGCCUGGUACUGGCAAAUCCAGCUUGAUUGCAGCCAUGGCAAAUUACCUCAACUACAAUAUAUAUGAUUUGGAGCUUACAAGCAUCUCCAACAAUUCUGAUUUGAGGCAUUCUUUGCUGUCCACCACCAAUCGCUCUAUUUUGAUAAUUGAGGACAUUGAUUGCUCCUUGGAUAUACAGAACCGGGAAAAAGAGGAGGAAUCAGAUGAGCAAGUGCUUGUCCUUACUAAGGACAAGAACGAACUAAAGCAACAGACUGUGACACUGUCGGGGCUACUGAACUUCAUUGAUGGCCUGUGGUCAAGCUGUGGUGAUGAGAGAAUCAUUGUGUUCACCACCAACUACAAGGAUAAACUAGACCCUGCAUUGUUGCGGCCAGGACGAAUGGAUGUGCAUAUACACAUGUCAUAUUGCACUGUAAGUGGAUUCAAGAUCCUGGCUUCUAGGUACCUUGACAUUCAUGAUCAUCCUCUCUUUGCAGAAAUUGAAGGGUUGAUGCAGACCACAGAGGUCACCCCGGCAGAGGUUGCCGGGCAGCUACAGGUGAGUUAUGAUGCUGAUGUUGCUCUUGCAGCGCUGGUGAAAUUCAUCAAGGAAAAGAAGGAGGAGGAUGAGAAGAAGGAGAAGGAAAAAAAGAGAGAAGAAGCACAAGCAAAGAAACUAAAGAGAAAAAGGUUGCUGGCUCUUUUUCAGAAGAUCAAGGAAAUUACAUAGGCCUCAAUAGCACUGCUAUCAUCUGUACUCUUUAUCUACUUAUAAAUAAAUCUCUCUCUCUUUAUUAACUUAUGUCAUCAGAACUUAUGAUAAUCAUGUUUCAAUGUGUAGAAUCUGAUAAUUUAAUCUAAUCAAGCUCAUAAAUUGAACAUUAAAACACGCAGCAGAUUAAUGCUUCUAUUUUCUAACUUAUGUCGACCAUUUACAAGGUAAAAUCUGUUUUUCCCCUACCAAUUUAGAAACAGCAAUGGCUAAAGGCU